GUGCUUUCCGUUGCCCCGGUGAUCCAACCUAGCGGCAAGACAGUGGUCUCCCAGCAACGUAGUGUAAAUGUCCAGUUAUAUUUUUUAUUCUAGGUAGUAUUAGAGAGCAUCAGAGAAAUGAAUGAAGCAUCAGUUAGUUAAAUACAAAGACUGGGACUGCACUAGCUGACCCAAUACUAGCAACAUAGCACGGGCGAUUUACAGGCUCACAGCCGAUGGUUGCUUGCUAGCCAAUGGGACUAUUUGACAAGUUGGUCGGAUGGCUGGGCUUAAAGAAGGAGGUGAAUGUUCUCUGCCUGGGCCUGGAUAACAGUGGCAAAACCACCAUCAUCAACAAACUCAAGCCUUCCAAUGCCCAGGUGCAAGACAUUGUUCCAACAAUUGGCUUCAGUGUAGAGAAGUUCAAGACAUCCAGUCUUUCAUUUACCGUCUUUGACAUGUCCGGUCAAGGCAGAUACAGGAAUCUUUGGGAACAUUACUACAAGGAAGGGCAGGCUGUAAUAUUUGUCAUUGAUAGUGCAGACAAGCUAAGAAUGGUUGUAGCCAAAGAAGAAUUGGACACAUUAUUAAAUCAUCCCGAUAUUAAACACAGGAGGAUCCCCAUCCUUUUCUUUGCUAACAAAAUGGAUGUCAGAGAUGCUCUGUCUUCUGUCAAGGUCUCACAGCUGCUCUGUUUGGAGAACAUCAAAGACAAGCCCUGGUACAUCUGUGCCACUGAUGCUAUCAGAGGAGACGGUUUACAAGAAGGAGUCGACUGGCUGCAAGAUCAAAUCAAAACAAUGAAAACAUGAGCGCAUGAGGAGCAACCACCAGAAUAACACCAGGAUUCACAGAUAUUUUUUUAAAUAAUUGUUUUGCUGUUUCUGAGGCACCACUUGAAGCAGAUGCUGUUUCUGAUGAUAUAUCAGUGUUAAAACAAAAAAAUGCAAAUGUCCAAAAAGCAAGUGGACCAGAGUUUCACUUGGUUAGAGAAGUGAACAAAAAGCAGCAGGUGAACGUGGUAAAUGCUUCCUAUAAAAUGUUUAAGAUUUGUUAAGAUGCAUUGUUGUUUGGGUAAAUUUGACUUCAUUGUAAAAUCAUUGGGAAUCAGAAGAAGAAAGAGGCUAAAUGUGUUCAGAUCCCUGCCUUUUUCAAAACUACAUUGGCUGUUUUGUGCUUACACUAAUAACAGGCAUUUUGUCCUCACUUCACAUAAAUUAGAAUGGAGCUCUGCUCAAUUUUAAGCAAAGUUUCUCUACGAUAAUAAAACAAAAAAUAAAUGAAAAAUGAAAAAGAAAUUGUAACAAAUUUACCUAUUUUAAAGGAAAUAUAAUACAUGUGUAAUAAUACCAAUUGUAAUGUGCCCUUUUAAAUACAACAUAGUUAGCUGUAAUGGUCAUAUACAAAUAUUAAGUUGGUAUAUAUACAGAUGUGAAAUAAGUAGGUGAAAACUGCAAAUAUAAGUCAAAACGAGUCUCUACAAAGCUAAAUUCCAGCCACUGUUCUUUUUGGCUUGAUUCCAUUUCUACUGAACAAGAUGUAAUCAUUCAAAAAGGCUGCUUUCAGUUCACUCUCAGUACUUCAAUGAAUCAAAGGCAGACAAGAAAGCAUAAAAUUACAGUCUAUACAAAAGAUAGUUUUUUUUUUGUUGUUUGUUUUUUUUAAGGUUUUGAUCUUUUUAUAUAGACUGACCUAGAGCUGGCCAUAAAAGCAGCUUGUUUCGUCCAUGUUAGCCUAGGCUACUUCAGCCCUGCUUUCUAAAACUGUUUUCUGUGUUUUUAAGCCUUUUUUGGUUAGAAUUAAUCAGUAUUAUAGAUAGAUAGAUAGAUAGAUAGAUAGAUAGAUAGAUAGAUAGAUAGAAAAGCUUAACAGCUCAUAGAUUUAAAAGUGGCAGCUACAAAGGCUUUAGGUUGCAUUUAUUUCUAAGAAAUAAUUUACUUUAAUGCACUAAAUUAAAAUCAACACAUUUCUUUAUUUUAAUUCUUUAUCUAUGCUCUGUCAAAGGUUUGUGAAUUGUGGCUAAAUAAGGUUUAGCAGCAAAAGCCAAACAGAAACGGAAACAACUUUUUCUAUCAUCAUUUUUAAUGUUGCCCUCCUGCAACAACUCAGAAAGUAACUGUUCCAAAAGCAAGACUUUAUUUAACUAAUUACAGCUUGUGGUCUGUCAAAGAUGUUUUCCUUAAUGUGAAUGACAUGUAACUAAAAUGGUGCAGAUGGAGGUAGCUGUUUCAGUAACAAUCAUAUCGAAGAGUUAUUGAGGUAUUUGUAAAACAUAAUGGUAGAUGUGAAGUAGCUCGUACUUGUAUAGCUAAUAAAGUUCAGAGAACCUCAAAGCUCUUCACUCACCCUCACACACAUAGAACAUACUCUAAACUAUUAACAAAACCUUGUCAAUUUGUUUAGAUAGUUAGGGAACAUAUGCUAAAAGUCUGUGAUAGUUGUCAGGAAAGCAUAGCAAAAUAUGUUGUAAUUUAUGUUAGUUAUUUAAAAUGUUAUAUCUGACCCUCUGAUGCUGUUUUCGUUGUGAAAAGCUGGAGCAUGUUAGUCUCAUACAUCAGCAGACAAUGUUUUUUCUUCAGCGCUUCAUCUGUGAAACAACCAAAUCAAGAAAACUCCUCCUUACUAUAACAGUGGAAACCAUGUGGAUUUGGAAUAUUUCUGUGAUUGUAAAAUAUCUUGACUUGCUGUAAGGAGUUUAGUCAGUAUCUUGUAGAGAUCUCAGAUCAUUUCUGAAGGUCAACUGUCCUUGAUUAAUAAUGUUUUAUAUUUUAAACUGAUAUCAUUUCUAGAUUAUUUGCUGAAACUGCAUUUUUUCAAAGGCCUGUUUCUAUUCUAUUCUAUUCUGUGUUUUAAUUUUCAAAUAAUAAAUUUUGUGGAAAUCCAACAUUUCUUCAUGUUCAGGUGUAAUGUUCAUAUAUCAGAUGUUAUUCCAAA